AUGUGGACCACCAGAACCACAUCCGUAUCAGGGCCAAGUCCUCUCCGUGAUGAAGAAGAAAUGUCCCACCCCCUCGCCGUGUGCAGCACGCUGUCAUCAGGGCUACAAGGUAUCAUUGCUUCUACCCUUCUCAAAAAGUCCGUCAACGUCUGCGUUAACCACUCAUUGAUAAUUAUUGCUCCCACACUCAAAGCAGUUCUGGAAGGCAAUGAACUAAACGGCCCAAAACAGGAUGUGACUCAGUGUAGACCAUCAGUGUCCAACCUCCUGCACUCCAGGACUUACCUCAUCAAGGCCAGCUUGAGUCCUUUUCAGGGGUAG